CAAGUCUGGGGACACUGAACGGUGUCUCUGCCCCAAGUCCUUUCAGCCCCCGUGGCCACAGAGAUCAGCUCUCCUCGGGCAGGUCUCCCUGGCUCUGUGAUGAUGGCCGAGGAGCACACAGACCUGGAGGCCCAGAUCGUCAAGGACAUUCACUGCAAGGAGAUUGACCUGGUGAACCGAGACCCUAAGAACAUUAACGAGGACAUAGUGAAGGUGGAUUUUGAAGACGUGAUCGCAGAACCUGUGGGCACCUACAGCUUCGAUGGCGUGUGGAAGGUGAGCUACACCACCUUCACCGUCUCCAAGUACUGGUGCUACCGCCUGCUGUCCACACUGCUGGGCGUCCCACUGGCCCUGCUCUGGGGCUUCCUGUUUGCCUGCAUCUCCUUCUGCCACAUCUGGGCGGUAGUACCGUGCAUUAAGAGUUACCUGAUCGAGAUCCAGUGCAUCAGCCACAUCUAUUCGCUCUGCAUCCGCACCUUCUGCAACCCCCUCUUUGCCGCCCUGGGCCAGGUCUGCAGCAACAUCAAAGUACUGCUGCGGAAGGAAGUAUAAAGCCAGCUGGGUGAUGGGGGUGGCCAGGCAGGGGGAGGCAGGCCAGGCAGCCCCACUUUACUGCUCCACAGGGGCUGCUGGCAAGCUCUUUCUCAGUAGGGGCUGCUAUUCCCCCCACCAAGAUGGGAGCACGCAGUUGAGGGAGGCCAGAAAGAAAAGACAGCCCUGCCACAGAAGCACAGCGGCCCCUCACACCGCCCCUGCCCCACCACGAUGCCCCCAUGACCAGGCGCAAGGAAAGAUCAUUUACUAAGAGGCAGCUACUGCAAGUCUUUGCAUAUUCACUUGUACUGUAACAUAAACCAGCACUUGGUCCCACCCCCCAUACGGGCUCAGCCUGUCAGUUCAUGCAGCUCAGGAAAGCCACCAGAGACUUUUAGGGAGGCGGCCCCAAUAAAGGGUUUCAGCUGCA